AUGCAGCCGUCGCAGUUGAACGUGGACAUGACUGAUAACGCGUCCUCGGACGUAAUAUCAGACUCAGACGAACUAGUCGUGCAUGGGUCUGCAGGCUCCCAGAAUGACGUUGCCAUAUCCAAUUUCGUCGAACCUCUUUCCCUUGAGUCGUUGCCUGAGGUUCCGUUCAAACGCAGUCUCCCAGAGCUAACCGAGCACGUGCCAGGCGACAAUGCAACACCCCACAACAGCAGCCAGGCACCACCUGCACCUCAAAUCCCGCAAUUCGAUCCGAGAUCACUACUUAAUCCAAGAUCGUCCAGUGCUAAGCGGCCUGCCUCUUCUGGUGGAGAAUCCGAUCACGGGCGCACUGAUCCCACUAUCACCAACCAAGUAUCACUAGUCGAGCGACUGCACAACGUCCAAGAGCGCGCCGCAACACCCGUCAAACGUGUGAAGACAGACGAUCCACGCAAUUCUAAAAGCAACCGGUCAAGUGCCAAUGUUGGAAGUACGCUUGACCUUCAGAACAAAAACGGACAGUCCUCAAGCCCUCACCCUCAGCAAGGACCGGCGAUCGAUCUGACAAUGAGUGACGACGAAGAUGACGUUCAAGUCAUUGGUGACAACGGAAACGACGACGUGUGCAUCGGUAAGCUCAAGCAGACUUACAUCCAGGCGCAUCUGGUCCCGUUUCCGGAUCCCAAGAAAUUCGCCGGCAACCAUGGCGGACAGAGCCGGAUCAAGGUCUCCUUUCGCAGGGGCGGCGGUAACAAGGGAAACCAAAUUAUCAUGGUGCUUGAUGGCGCGAGCAAAGAGUUUGGCAAGGUUGACAUGAAGACGGCCCAAGGUCUUGCCCCUCUUGUCGACAGCUCAAACGCCAGCGGAUUAAAGUGGAUAGCUUGGACUGAGCCUCGCCGAAAGCUACCCAACGAAGGCCCACCUGGAACUCCAAUCUCUGCCCUCAUCAGCAUGACCCUGCAGCUAUACUGUCCUCGCAAGAACGCCGACAACAUUGGUAGGUUUUUGAAGAGCAGGAACCUGAUCCUCGAGGCCCCCGUAUUCGAGCUCGCACGACACGACUACUACAAUCCCCAGACCAAGCAGUCGUUCCAGAGGAGCCAAGUCGGGCAGCCUGACUUUCAACCCUCCGGCCAGUACGCCGUUGGCGCACCGACACACAACUACGUCAUUCGUAGCGCUGACGAGAUUCGCGCUGAGAUGGACGAUGUCUUUGACAAGGUGAUAAGCACAUCGAAAGAAGUGCCGAUGCGAGAGCCCUCACCACUCAUCACUACGGAGCUGUAUCCCCAUCAGAAGCAGGCGCUUCACUUCAUGGUUGAACACGAGCAAGAGACCAUUGGAGACGAUGUUGAAGACCCUCUAUGGAAGCCUCAUUUUGACAACAAUGGCCGCCAAUCAUAUGUACAUCGCAUCACAGGUAGCAAAGUGGCGAAGAUCCAGCGGAAUCUGGGUGGUAUACUGGCUGACGAGAUGGGUCUUGGCAAGACGCUCAGCAUACUGUCGCUGAUAUGCGACAACGCCUCGAUUGCUGCUGCACAACAAUUUUGCCAAAAGAAGCCCCCGCCUCGACCAGUCCCCGCAAUGCUGCAGGCUACUAUCAAUAGUCGAGCGACUCUCCUCGUAUGUCCUCUCAGCACGAUGACCAACUGGAAAGAACAAAUUAAGGAGCACUUUCCGAUGGGCAAGAGCACGUUGAAGUGGACGCGGUAUCAUGGAUCGGAGCGCUUUAGCAUGACGCCCGAAAUGCUUGCGAAUCACGACAUUAUCCUUACCACCUAUCACAUUAUUGCCAAGGAUCUAAUGGAUAAGAAGCGGCCACUUCCGUACAUCAACUGGUUCCGCAUCGUGUUGGAUGAAGCACACACAAUCCGUAAUGCAACCAACCAGUCCAGAGCUGCGUGUAUGAUGAUGGGUCAGCGACGCUGGGCGGUCACUGGAACACCUGUUCAGAACCGUCUGGAGGAUCUUGGUGCACUGUUCAAUUUCAUCAAAUUGACGCCUUUCGAUAACAGCCAAGGCUUCAAUCAAUAUAUUCUCCAACCUUUCAAGAACGCCGAUCCAAUGGUUGUAGACAAGUUACAGCUACUCGUCGGCGCUGUUACCAUUCGCCGUACCAAGGAGAUCAUCAAGGAAGAGAUCCCGAAGAAGAUGGAUUACGUCGUCAGGUUGAAGUUCUCUAAGGACGAGCAACAGCUUCAUGACUGGUUCGAGAAGGAUACCCAGCGCAAGGUGCUUGCAGUUACUCAGGGCGACAAGAUUGGUGGACAGUCAUAUGCUCGUAUCUUGACUGCCAUUCUCAAUCUGCGCCUCAUCUGCGCUCAUGGCCGUGACCUGCUUAGCGAGCAAGCCUUGAAGACCACUGACGGCAUGACGUAUGAACAGCCAAUGCAGCUGGAAGAAGAUGAGCAAGAGACACCGCAGCUCACACGCCACCAAGCUUACGAGAUGCUCAACCUUCUCCAAUCAACCUCCGCGGAUGACUGCCACUACUGCGACGGAAAGAAGUCUUUGUUAGACCCUGACUCUGCCGACGAGGAUGAAGAGGGCAAUGUGCCAGAUACCAUCGGCUACAUGACCACGUGCUACAACCUAGUAUGCCCUCGUCAUCUUAAGACGCUACGAGAGGAAUGGAAGAAGACACUACAACCAGAUGGCUUGGCACAAUGCCCUAUUUGCGAUGACGUGAAUCGCCCAACUGCUCUCGAGUUAAAGCGCGCAGAUUUCUAUAGUUUUCUUGAGGAACAAGACAAGAUUCGUAAAGACCCUAAGCUAGCAAAGAAACUGGGUAGCUACACGGGUCCGCACACAAAGACAAAAGCUCUUCUCGAUGAUCUAGAGGAGUUUAGGAAUUGGAGUGACCAGCAUCCAGACGAGCGACCCAUCAAGAGCAUCGUCUUCUCUUCCUGGACGACGCAUCUCGACCUGAUCGAGAUAGCGCUCAAGAAUGCUGGUCACACUCUCGUCCGCCUCGACGGCCGCAUGACGCGCGAAAACCGCGACAAAUCCAUGCAGGCCCUUCGCGAAGACCCAUCGAUUCGCGUCAUGCUCGUAUCCAUCGGCGCCGGCGGUCUCGGUCUCAACCUCACCACCGCGAAUAAGGUCUUCAUGAUGGAGCCUCAAUUCAACCCUGCCGCCGAGGCACAGGCCGUGGAUCGUGUCCAUCGGCUCGGUCAGGACAGGGAGGUUACAAUCAAGAGGUUCAUCAUGGAGGGCAGUUUCGAAGAGAAGAUGCUUGAACUGCAGAACAAGAAGAGGGAUUUGGCCGACAUGACAAUGUCCAAGGAGCGAAAGAGUAAGCAGGAGAGUACGAGGCAGAAGAUGGAGCACCUCAGAAGUUUGUUUAAAUAG